AUGGCAGCUCCACGCCUCCCAUUCCUUUACCCGAAUUUGUUUCGGUCGGUAAGGGCCUGUGAACCCAAGACCUACCAUCCUAUAAGAUUCCCCCCUUCACAGCCACAACAACAGUUGCAGAAGAAUGGUGGCUCAUAUGCGACAUUCCACACCAGCAGACGUUGUGAUGUCGAGCCGUUUCACCAACGUUAUGGGCAGGCUGCUGAAUCACGACUUCCACCACCCCAAAGACCAAAGGAUGGGGGGCGGGUAGGAUCCCAGAAAGGUGUAGUAGGCAAGGAGCCGCAGCAGGCUCGAGACAAAGCAAGAAAGAAGACGGAGCAGUCUAGGGAAUCUGGGUCUCAGGAUCUAAAGGAUUCUGGCAAAGGAACUAAACCAGGAUCUAGAAAAAAACAGUCAUCAUCAUCUACGAAUAUUUUAGUAGAAUUGUCUGUGCAGGGCGAUUCCGGAGGCGUCAAUGUGCAAAACGGGACUGGGUCUUCUGGUGGCUCCGCCCCUGCGACCGAUGAUCCAAACAUAAAUCCAUCGAAGGGUAACCAGAGCUCAGUGUUUCAAAUGCCAGGUCCCAAUCCUUCCUCAUCCCAGCAAGAUGAGUCCCUGACUCAAAUCACCCUGUCGAAUGGUCACCAUCAACUCCCACACCCUUCCUCACUUACGUACGCACAUCUUUUCGACACAUACAGUCUAGUGAAAGAUCUAGGUCGCUCUGGGUUUACGGAAGAACAAUCCGUUUCCAUCAUGAAGGCUAUACGCGGUCUCCUUGCGGACAACUUCGAGAUGGCACGGGAGGGGCUAGUAUCAAAAUCCGACGUGGAGAACGAGACCUAUCUUUUCCAGGCGGCAUGCUCGGAGCUGCGAAACUCCCUGCAAGCCUCGCGUAAUGCAGAGAUACAGGCUCAGCGUUCACAGCGUGUACAGUUACAGCACGAGGUUGACAUUUUGACACAGCUCGUGACGCAGGAAUUGGCGGGGCUGAAAGACGACUUGAAAGAAAUGUUCAAUGACCAGAAGAUUUCGACCAGGGAGCUGCAGCGUUCCUUUGAUACCGCUAUACAGGAAUUGAAUUAUCAGAUCACCGUGUCAUUGAAUAGUGAUGGGAAGAGUGAGGUUGAAGGGUUACGGUGGAUUUUGACGAGGAGGGCUGCGUUGGCUAUUGCGACCAGUGCUGGCAUGAUUAUUCUUGCCCUUAGAUAUUUCUUAUACAAACUUCAUGAAAAGGACCAAGUUGUGAAAGGUUCACAAGCUGAAUCGAAAACAAUUCCUCAACCUUUCCCUGACCUAGAGUUGAAGUCUAACUUCCGCCCAGAAUCCAGCGUUACUGAGCCAAUUGGAUAG